AUGGAAUCUCAGGACGGUAUCGAUGUCCGUCCUAUGAGGCUCAAGGUUCUCUAUACAUUCGACAACGAAAAUAAAACCAACUGCCUGGCCCGGUGGCCACAUGUUCUCGAUCUUCAGACCGCCUCAUUGGACGAAAACACUACAGUUGGAGUCAUUGAGUUGAAGACAUGUAUUCAGGCCAUUGUUUCUGCUAGCCCUGAGCUUGUGGGACAAGUGGGAAAGGAUUACACCGUGUACGCUUACGAUUAUUCCGAGUUCGAAACCCCUCUUGUUGGUCAAGGUAUGCUAUCAUGGGUUCUGGCCAACUCAUCUUCAACAGAGUCGUCCUCGUCAAAAACUAUGAUCACCGGCCGAGUUUGCAAAAGCCCUCUCGGUGGACUUUUUCAAAAAGGCGCCCAAGAGACCCUUGAAGUCAAACUUCGCCUGGUACCAGUCCCAACCGUCUCGCACAACGACUUUGAUACGCAAUCAUGGACCAACUUCGUCCGUCAAAAUCCAGCCUUAUUGGAACAGAGAAGCCAAAGCGCCAACGACCGUGUUGGCUCUCCCAUGAAUCAAUCCGGAAUUGAAAGGUUCCACCAGCUUCUGAGCGAAGGCUCAACGCCCCGAGAGUUUGCUGCUUUCCCUUCGAAUUCUUCCGUUCGAUCCGCUUCGCCUUCACAUUCUUAUGCCGCCAGUGGAGUUUCAACGCCAGCUCAUUACCAAUCCUACAACCACAAGCAGAGCAUCCCUCACAGCGAUAUGAUCCGACCUUCAUCUAGUGCGUCUAUGCGAGAUUGCGAUAACCAAACACAACUAUCCCACAACAACCUUCGGAGAGGCUCAAUUCAGUCCGGAUAUGCCAGUGGAGACGAAGAACUCACGGAAGCCCCGCCCCGAAAGAGAGCCAAGGUGUACCAAGCCAGCUGGCCUGGGAAAUCGGGUGCCAACAUCGAAAGGCAGCCAAGUUCACUACGAGUUGCAGCUAGCACAGCUGCUUCUGUUCGGAUCCACCGCCCUACUCCCGUCAACCCUGCUCUUGCGACAGAGCACUCCCACGAGGAGCCUGUUCGUCCACCUACUCCCAUGUCUCGCCCUUCUGAUUUCCACCGCCGGAGCCGUCCCACGGCUAGUCUGCUGCGGGAAUCAUCAACUAACAGUAUCAACUCGUGUCCUGACCCAUACGCCUCUCCCUAUGUCAUGAGCGAUGACAUUCCAACCACAGACGCUGCUGGCCCAUCGCCGGAAGAUCAACGUUAUCAAGGCUUGUUUGAACAGUCCUUCAACAUGCCUUCAUCACCACCUGUCUUUGAUGGCCGACUGCACAACCGAUCCAGCCCGGUAUUGCCUACUAUGACCUUGGACACCGACUCCGGUUUCAUGAGUGCAGGGCUGGACGAACUCCUAGGCGACGAAAACCUCGCUUUGGGAGAUCGCAGAGCCCAGGCACCCAAAGACCAACGCUCUGUUCGCACUGCUGUCCAGGCUAGCUCCCCUGUCAGCACUGUCAGCACUGCUCGAGGAACAUUCCACGAUCCAGUGACGAUUGGAGAGGCUGGAUCCCAGCAGCCUGCGAAAAUCGCAGCACCCGCGUUGGCUCGCGCCAACUCUGGACCUUCUGGACCUUGCGCUCCAUCCCGCCCGUCUAUCGCACCUAGUAGGCGGCCCACUUCGAGCUCUGGUGCACAGCGCCUAGCGCCGAAGCCCCUCGCGCCGGCACCACCUUUCUUGAGUGAACAGAACUCCGAAAUCCCAGCCAGUGAUCCUAUCAUGCCUACUGCCUCUAUUGAAUCUGGACCUCCUGCUGCGCCAGUGGACAUCACCUUCCUCCGAUGCAAGACGGACAGCUCCAACCCGCAAAUGCAGGCCAAGCUACCACCGGCGACAAAGCCAAAGGGAAACUCGAAGCGGUCCAAUGGAAGAGCACGUCUUGAAGCUGCGCUUGCCAAUGGCCACAUUCCACCCUAUUGUGAGAACUGCGGCGCAAUAGAAACCCCCAGCUGGCGCCGGGCCUGGACAAAGGAAAUUGUCGGUGGUGAAGACCUCGCAAAAGAGAUGAUGCAUACUUCUCCGAUGCUCCUCUGGGAUGCCAUGGAGCGCAAUGACCAGGGACAGGUUGUCAAGUUUAGGGUCGUGAAGAAGGGCAUUGAACUUGACGAUGACGCAUGGACUCAGCUCCUCCUCUGCAACCCUUGUGGGCUGUGGCUGUACAAGUUCAAGAUCAUGCGCCCGGAAGCCAAGUGGACCAAGGCGACAGGAGGCCAGAACGGCCAAAAGAGCAAAAAGCGCCCCUCCAAGAAUCGCGCCAAUGGCCCACUCAAUGCCUGCCCUGCAUCCAGGACUCGGAGCAAGGCUGUACCCAAGAAGGGGCCCUCUACAACCACAGUAGCAGCUUCUUCUCCGGCAUUCACUGAUCUAUCCUCUGUUCACCCUGAAGGAGAUACUCCCCACACGGAUGACCAUUACGAAGAGGACGAGACCGGUGUCACUCCCGAUGAUCAUUCUCGAUUCACCACUGAGGAGCCGCGUGACAGCGAGGAGCCGCACCCGGCGAGUCUGACUCCAGGACGUCGCCAUACGAAGAUGAACACGGAGCACGCCAUUCAUCGAGCGGCCAAGUCAAGCCCUGUCAGACGUCCUGAAAAUCGCGCCGGUGCAGUCAACACCACUCCCAAGUCCGUGAGAAGGUCACUAUUCCAGGAGAUCCAGAAAGACGGGCCUCUGAAGGAACUUGAUGCCUCUAUGGUAAACAGCUGCUCUCCCCGUCGCAGUCCUCGCAUUGCCCUGACAAAGGAGGACAAGACCAUUCAGAAGCAGAACAUCCACAGUGACAUCGAUGACCUGUUUGAGAGUCCUUCUAUCGGCUUCGACUCUACCAGUCCUACUCCUCGUCGUCGCAACCCGCGCAUCAACGCAAUUGAAAAGCGCGCCGGCAUUGGAAACUCCCCAAGCUUCAAGAAGCGCAAGGAUCUCGGAAUCAUGAGUCCAGCCCGUCUGUCCGCAGAGCGCCUGCAGCGCAUUCAAUCCCUGCACGCACAGUCCCCCCGAUCUCAGAAAUCGGCCAAGCCUGACGCUGAGUCCGCCGAUUUCGAGAACAGCCUUCCUACCAACAUCUCCCUCGACGGGAUGAUGCUUGAUAUCUUUGACGAAAACGACCACGCCAACUUCGAGCUGGAAAGCUCCAAGUUCGCCGGCGAUAACUGGGCCGACUGGCUUCCCAGCGACUAUGUCCAUUCUACCGAUUCACCCGAGGCAGACAAUCGCCCGGCCGAUGAUCUCCUGAAGACCCUUUUCGCCGAUGCGGACAAGGACUUCCAAUCUUCUCUUCUUCCCUUCAACUUCAACGACGUUGGCAUUCCCGACUCUGGAUUCUUCAGCUCUGACGCUCUCAAUGAGGCUCCCAAGGCGCAGACUGGAACAGAGGCCAAUUCUCCUGUUUAA